GCGGGCGCGUGCCGCGCCGCCGCCAAGCGAGAGCGGCCGUAAAGGGAACCUGGGCUGCGCGACACCGGGCGGUGGUGGCGGCGGGCAUAAUAAAGCAGUGAAGAGACACUGAAGGAGGUAUUAUAUGCCUUACUGAUCAGAAAACUGUUUCUGAGUAUACUUCAGAAAUAUACAUACAAACUACAUAUAUAUGUAGUAAAAUCUACGAAGGGUUUUUUUUUAAUAGGUUGAAAGUGUGUGGAGAGCAUGGGUUAUGACAUUGAGCGUUUUGUGGGCUACGUUAACGAAGGGCUGUUGUGCUCCAUCUGCCGAGACGUGUUAGAGAAUCCAUUGCAGGCUCCCUGCGAACACGCUUUCUGCACUGCCUGCAUCCAUGGCUGGCUUGUUCAUCACAGUAACUGCCCUGAAGACAGACAGGCGAUUGAUAUGUCUUUGCUGCGGCCUCUCUACAGAUACAUGAAAAAUGAUCUAAACCGUCUUCAGCUGCAUUGCAGAAACAGAGAGUACGGCUGUGAAAUGGUUUGUUCUCUGGAGUCUAUAGACAGGCAUGAAAGGGAGUGUGAGUACAGUCAGAUUCCUUGCUCCAAUGCCGGUUGUACAGUGCAGAUUGAGCGCCGUAACUUGGAUGGUCACCUGGCCGUGUGUGAGUACCGGAGCCGUGAGUGCCCCAAUGGCUGUGGUUACACCAUUCUCAGCGCAGAAGACACACAGCACAAUUGUGUAGCAGAGCUAAGAACGGAGCUGGAACUGCUUCGGUCAGAAAUGAUCUGCAGAGUGGAGGAGGCAAAACAUGAGAUGGAGUCAAGGUUAGAUUCACAGAGAAGGCAUAUGGUCCAAAAAGAGAGCAUUCUGCAAAAUGAAAUUGAAGAACUAAAGAGUCAGAUAUCACGACUGAUGUCAGAUGUACGCUCUCUGAUGGCUGCAGAGAGACAGCACCGUCAGGAGCUGGAGCAGGCAGAGCUGGAAAAACGGGAGUUAAUGGAGCUGCUAAAGGGGCUGCAGAAGGACUGCCGAUUAACUACUACAGAGGGAAGCAAGAAGUCAAUGAAUUUCCGUCCUCUGACACGACUAGAGAGUGUAAAAAGAAAGCCUAGAGAAGUUACAGUUAUCUAAACAGUAGUAAGCUCAAAAAAUGUUUUCUUCUAAUACUGGUUUCUGACAAACUUCUCCACUUUCUUCGAAUGAUGGGUAAACUUUAUAUCGUUUCCGAUUCACUUGUUUUCUUUUAAAGUCUAAAUUACAACUGUAUUUCCUUUGGGGGCAUAAAAACAAAUGGGAGAAUUUUUUUCUGCAGGAACACUGGGAGUUAAAACCAGUAAUUGGCAAAUGUAUUUUUAGCUCAUGUUUUUAUAAAAAGGGAGAAGGAGACUUGAUUUAUUAUCUCUUCAAUGCAUUAUUUACUCGACUCUAAAAGAGUCAGAGAUACAGACCAUAAUGGACCAGGAAGGAAACAAUCUUGGAGUAUCUAUGUUUAAAGCAUGAGAAAGCAAAUAUGAUUGAUAAGUAGUGGCAUUUGGGAUGUACUUAAUUUUGGGAAAAGUGAAUAGUAGAAUUAGUAAGUCAGUAAUAGAAAUUAAUAAUUUUUUUUGUUUAUAAUCUGUAGGAGAUCUUGUUUCAAAGGUGGAAGUAAGCACUUUAAAUUGUAAUUCUGCUAUGUAACAGCUUCAGGUGAGGUUGAUUGUUGCUUUAGAACUUCUUUAAUUUCCCAAGCUCAUACACACUUAAGAGACUAAUACCAAAGCCCAAGGUAACAGAACAACCUAGAACCUUUUAAAUAGAUGUGUGAGUAACUUGGAGUUUGUGGGAGGGGAUCUACAUUUUAUUUAAAAAUUUGAAGCUUU